GUACAUAUUUCAUUUGAAUUCGAGUGCCAUGUUGUGUGUGUCUGUUACAUUUGCACAGGCGUUGCUGACCGCACUUUGCGUGCUCUGCCCAGAAAACCCCCUAGAAUUUCUCUUAAACAAAAUGAGAGAAAUACAAGAGUUUGGUCUACACACCUUGGAUUGGGAAAUGUUCAUUGACGAGAGUCUGAGGCCUAAGCUGAAGAGGGUGACCGCUGGAUACCUGACGUUCAUAUUCAGAUUUGACGACGACGCGCCCACCCCCCAGCAGUUUGAGAAGGCAUACUCCUUUCUGCGCAGGAAACUCCAACGGGAAUAUUUCGUGCGGUGGGCCAUGUACGGGGCCCGGCGGCGCGCUCGCAGGGAGCAGCUUACGCGGGCCCUGCAUCGAGCAUGCGACCAUUACAUGCGGAAAAAGUUGGGUGCUGCCCUUCUCAGCUGGUCUCAGUGGCUACACGCACGCCAGGAGCGCAUGGCCGGAGCUGCUAUUCGGAUUCAACGGGUAUACCAGCAACUUCUCUGCAGUCUGGUCCUCAAAGCCUGGCAUACUGUUGCCUUGGAUGCUCGCAAAACCAAGGAAUACUUUGAGCGGCUGGAAAGGGGUGAACUGGAGGAAGACAACGACAGCUACUUGGUUCCACCACCUAACACCGCUGACCAAGUCUCCCAGCUCCCUCCUCGGGCAGCACUGAAGAUUUUCAGCUACUUGGACAUAAUGAACCUAGUGAAAUGUGCCGGUGUAUGCCGCUCCUGGAAGGUCAUUUCCCAAGCCAGCAUCCUGUGGAGCCGGAUGGAUUUGUUCCCAGCACGAGGCCGCAUCGAUGACAAUGUUGUCUCUCGCCUCUUGCGCCGUUGUCGUCCGUUCCUGCUGCACCUAAGCCUCAGGGGCUGCACCACGAUUGGGCCACCUGCCUUCCGUGCCGUCAGCGAGUGCAAGAACCUGCAAGAUUUGAACCUCUCAGAAUGCAUGGGUUUGACGGAUCAAAUGGUGGCCAUCGUGGCAGAAGGAUGCCGCUCCCUGCUCUACCUCAACCUGGCCUACACUAAUAUAGGUGACGGCUCCCUCCGUGCCCUGGCCAGAUUCUGUCUCCCGCUGCAGUACUUGAGCCUGGCUUACUGCUGCAAGUUCACAGACAAAGGGUUGCAUUACCUGGCCACUCGCACCGGCUGCCGUCGCUUGCUGUACCUCGACCUCUCCGGAUGCACGCAGACAUCGGUGGACGCGUUUCAGUCCAUCGCAACAAAUUGCCAUGGACUCCUCUCGCUGGUUCUUAAUGACAUCCCCACGCUAACAGACGGAUGUCUGCUGCCGCUGAUUGAAGUGAACCGCGGCUUGCAGAGCCUGAGUCUGCUGGGCUCUCCGCACAUAUCUGACGCAACGUUCAAGGCUGUGGCAAAGUGCUGCAAACUUACGAGCCUGCAGACCGAAGGUAACGAGCAGAUGUCAGACGACGCGGUUCGAGCUGUCUGCCAGGGCUGUGCGGGGCUCGGCAGCCUCCAGGUCGUGGGCUGUUCCAGUCUCACGGACGGCGCGCUCAAGGCCGUGUCCGCCCUGCGGCAACUUCGUCUGCUCAACGUCUCCGACUGCGCCAAGUUGACCGAUGCGGGGCUGAGGCACCUGACCGAGGGAGCGGCAGCCGCCCACCUCCACGAGCUCAACCUGAGCAACUGCGUACGAGUGAGCGACCUCACCCUGACGAGGCUGAUCCCAAAAUGUCAGAGCAUGACUCACCUGAGCCUGCGCUACUGCGAUCAACUAACGGACGCUGGGCUAGAGCUACUGGGGAACAUGCCGGCUCUCGUUGCUCUUGACUUGGCUGGCACCAACAUCCAGGAUCAGGGCCUUGCAGCUAUUGGGAACAACAGCAGACUCAAGGAGCUCUGUAUAUCGCAGUGCAUCGCCAUUUCAGACCUUGGCUUGCAGAAGUUCUGCCAGCGCGUGCGGGACCUGGAGCGGCUGGACGUGUCACACUGCCGGCUGCUCUCCGACCUCGGGGUCAAGAACCUGGUGUUUUGCUGUCGCCGUCUCACCUACCUCAACCUGUCUGGCUGCGCACAGCUGACGGACGUGAGCGCGCAGUAUCUGUCGGGAGUCUGUCGUUACCUGCGCAUAGCGGACCUCUCCGGCUGCGUCAAGCUGGGAGACUUGGCCACUCGCUACUUGAGGAAAGGCUGCCGGCAGCUCGCACACCUCAAUAUGCUGUACUGCCCCAGGGUCAGCAGGCAUGCUGUCUUGAAGCUGGGAGCCCAGCUCGAGAGCUGGCAGCAUACUUCCGAGUCUCCGCCACCUUGGUUUGGUUAUGACUCUAGUGGCGUCUACCUGGAGCCAGUUUCUGCUGUUGCCAAUGAAGAAAGAGGAGUCCCUGACUCACAGCCAGAUGGCAUUCUUAGUGCAGCGUAACCUUAACGAGUCACCCGUUCCGGCAAAAAGUCUUACCUUCGUCAUCCUUCUUUGCAAUGUUUGAUCCAAGUGCAAAUAUUAAAUUCUUUGGAUAACGAUCUGCCAAACAAAAGUUUAUAUUUUAAUACAUUCUCAACGCCACCAACUUUGUAAUCAAGAAAAUAUUAGCAGCUACAAAACAUUAGAAAGACUUAUGUCACUGGCUCACAAUUGGCAAUCCUUGCAAAUUAUGUCAACAUCGUCAAGCAUCAAUCCACUGCUGGAUGAAGGCCUCUCCUCAAAGCCGCCGCAUGCUCUUGCGCAUGAGCUUAUCUCAUCCGCACCAGAGGGAACACGCGCCAAAGUACAUCAACCGUGGAGAGGGAGCGCUCAAGCGCAGUAGCUAGAUGGAUUUAUUUUGCAUCGUGAGACCGCGAGAGAUGGUGACGGUUUGGGGAGGGCCUUAGUCCAGCAGUGGCUAGAGCGUGGAUGGUGGCGUACCUGAGGAGCUCUGCGCAGGAAGAAGGUGGCGGAGCGGUCCAUGCAGCCGCUGUGUGACGAGCAGGGGCUGCCGGGACAGCGCGUCCAGCAGGAGCAAGACCCCACCGCUGGUGCCCACCCACAGCGCCGUGUUCCUCUGGACCAGCAGGCUCUGCACAUGUGCCGCUUGCCCGUCUCGCCCGUACUGCUCCCUGGACAAGCCAUCGUUUUCACAAUGUCACCCCACAACGAACUUGGCCGCCCCACCCCCACUCCUCUGCAUGUUUCGAGGUUCACUCGGGUUUUGAUUAAAUCAGUUGUAUCACAAUUAAUAAUAAUAUAAUAAUAAUUAACAUCUAUUUGUAAGGCGCCUUCCACUAAUGUCUCAAGGCGCUUUGUAAGAUUAAGGUUAAGAAAAGGCCAUGAGAGAAGGAGAGAUACAUAUAAUAAAUGGACUUAAGAAAAUUUGUUUUUAGACGCGACUUAAAAGUAUCCACAUUGUUGGUUAAACGAAUAUACAAUAGUAGGGAAUGCUACAACCGAGGUGCAGACACAGCAAAUGCCCGGUCACCCCAGAAACGCAGCCCGGAUCAAGGUAUGCCCAGAAGGGCAGAGUCUGCAGCUCUUAACGACUUUGAGGAGGUGCACGGAUGGAUUAGCUCGUGAAUAUAUGGUGGUGGUGCCAGCCAAUGCAAGGCUUUAAAAAUCUAGUAGAAGGCUCUUAAACUCGUUUCAAUUGUGCUACCGGUGUCAAGUCAUGAGAUGAAGAAUCGCGGCUCUGUCACAGAGCAGUGGUAACCCUUGGUCUUAAGAGAAUGGCGCACGGAAUCGAAUAUCACAGACCUACCUCUGAAAUACCUACGAGUGCCAGCUGAUGUAAACAGUAGGGGGUUGCACAUUCACUAAUGUUUGUCACGAGUCAAUUCUCAAAUCUGAAUAGCCAAUUCAAUAUGGGUUUCUUUUACAGUCAUUAGUGAUCCGAUUGAGGCUUGCCACAAUUUAGAAGCCAGUUUACUCCGUCCUGGCUACCUUUCUUUUAAACCCAGGAUAUCAGCAGCACCAAGUGAGCGGUCUGAGCCAUCCCCGGCCACAUCUUCAGACGAGGGACAUUCCCCCUUAUAAAGGGAAUUAUGUUGAGGCAGCACACAGUGGCAGAAGCAAACCUGAGUAGCGGUGCGCAGUCGAUGGCUCCGUGGCCCCAGUCCGUCCUCAUGUCCCACACCUGCAGCCGGGACGUGCCCUCCGUCGCCGUGAAGACCUGCUUCCCCACGGCCAUGCAUGCAACGGACGACCCAGGAACCGCGCCUCUCCUGCUUGCCACAGGCGCAACGCCAUCCCACCACAAUGUACCCAACGCCAUUCCGUAGCAGCAAGAUGCAAAAACGCUCGACGGCAACAUUUUUCAAUUUACAAAGUGUCCGAAUGCCUAAAAAUCAGGGAGGGGCGAAUGAGGAUGGCGAGGUGGAUCUCAGGGAUCGCAAGACUGGAUCGGGUCGGAAAUGAAGAAGGCAAGAGUCACAACCCAUCACAGACAAGGCUGAAAGCAAGCAGACUUGCAGGGCUCCGGCAUGUCAUAAAAAAGAGAAACUAUUGUAAGGGAGGCGAUGAUCAUGGAAGCA